GCUAUAUGACAUCAAAAUUAAUGUAGUGUUUUAAAGGUGUGUCGAUUGCAAUUAUGUGAGGUGUGUCAGAAAUCCCGAAUUCAAGUUUUUUGUACCAACGAAACAUGGAUCUCUCACAAAAUUUCCGAGCCAAGGUGUGUCGGUUGACACACCUUACUAAUGCAUGGGUCCGCCCCUGAAGGUAGUAAUUAAAGAUUUCAAAACUGAAAUGAAAUUUAUAUCAAAUGUAUCUUUUAAAAACUUAUUUUCCACAAAAUAAAUCUAUCUAAUCUCUAUGACCAACCCACCAUCUCCCUUCCUUUGUUCUUCUUUCUCUCUUUCCCCUCUCUAGGGGUCGGACCAAUGGCUUUUUGAAGGUCGUUUUGAAGCCCGACAUAGGUUGUACCGGAUCCAACCCGGGGUUUGAUAUGGAUUUAACAACCUUAUUUGUCUUCUUUAUAAAUUUUGAUGGGGCUUGGAGGAUUAAACGAUAUAUAAUCAUGUAAUGUGGUAUAGGAGAAUUUCUUUAUGUGUAUGUUCUCCCCCCCCCCCCCCUCCCCCCUAUACCGUUUCCCAUCUUUUCCCUGCCAAUCUCUUCCUACUCUUCUCCGUAACUUAAACGAAUACAAGAACUUACCUUGUAUAAGGAAAGUCCUGAGGUAAAAUUUGAAGAAAAGGUGUCGUCUCCCACAAGCUAUUUGAACGACGACGCUUUCCCUGCAACGGCACCGUUCAGGGAUUCGUCCUUCCAAGUCUUCUCCUCAAACUAAGAUUAUCGUUCUGCUCAAACCUAGUCUCCCAUCUAAAAGUAGCGACAUCAAAACUCCAAGGAGUUCCUCGAUGAUCUUCCACAGACACCACCGACUCCAUGGCAGGUAUGAUGAAGUCCAGGAGCGCAUCAGGCUAACAGCAACGGUCAUCUUCUCUUCUUAGUAUAAAUACUUACUCUUCUCCUUCAAUUAGAAUUUGGCAGUCUGUAGUGAGAGAAACAAGAGAGUUCUUCACCUACUUUGGGUCCAUAAGUGUAUUACUUCAGUAGCUUGACUCACGGUGUGUCGUCUGGGUGAGUUAGGCUUGGGAAGUGGGUUGUUGUUUGAGAGUUUCAAAGUGCCAACCUCGUUGGCAUGGAUUAGAGAGUUCCUGUAUAAAACUUUUCUACUGUAAUUUCCUUUUAAAUUCAAUAAAUUAUCUCUUCUUUACAAUCUGUUUGAGAGAAGAAGAAGAGUCACUGGUCCAUUUUAGCAACUGCUUCCUUCCUCAGAGUCAACAAUUGGUAUCAGAGCUGGGUCUUUGAAGGAUUUGAAUUCGUUAAAGACGAUCAAGGAAAUGGCAGGAGUCUUACCCGCCUCUGCAUCUUAUUCAGCAAACACCAAUCCGCCAUGGUUCGACGGCACAGACUACACUGUGUGGAAGAAAAGGAUAAGAAUCUACCUACGAGGCGUUGAUGGCGGGUUAUGGGCUAUAGUCAAGAAGGGGCCAAUCCCCAUGGAUGAUGAGGAAGACAAAAAAUGGGAAGAUGAUCAAAGGUUGUCUUCUCAGCAAGACUCAAGGGCAAUGCAUAUUCUAUUCUCCGCGCUCAAUCCAGAAGAAAGAAGUCAAGUGGCAUAGUGUGAGACAGCCAAAGAGAUUUGGGAGUCUCUUGAAACCACCCACGAAGGUACGUCAGAGGUAAAAGAAAGUAGGAUAGAUGUUCUACUAAAUGAGUAUGAAUCGUUUGAAAUGUGCUCGGGAGAAUCUAUCACAAGCAUGUAUAAGAGAUUCAAUGAUUUGAUAAACACAUUAAAAGGCUUAGGAAAAACUUUCCCUACUGAGGAUCUAGUUAGAAAAAUCUUGCGAAGUCUCCCUAGAGAGUGGCUACCUAAACGAACUGCUAUAGAAGAAGCAAAGGAUCUGAAUGCUUUGUCAAUUGAAAGGUUAGUUGGAUCUUUACUUAGUCAUGAGGAGGUAAUUGUUCAGAUGAAUAGAGAGGAUAACAGAAGAAAGAAAGUCAUAGCAUUUAAAUCACAAGACUACGAAAGCGAAUCUGAAUAUAAAAUAAGAGAGGAGUUUGAAAGAGAAUUCGCCAUGAUCAAUAGGAAAUUCCACAAAAUGUUAAAAAUAAAAAGAGAUUUUGACGACAUAAAGAAUCAUGGUAAUCCAAGACAAUUCAAUAAUCGCACUUAUGAGUCUAGGAGAAAUAGAGAAGGACUAGAAAAGACAUUCAUUCGAUACCCUGAUAGAAAUGCAGGAAGUAGCAGUCAAAGUGACAAAAAUCUCUCCAGAAGAAUAGAUAAACCAACAGAAGAGCGUGAAAGGUUUACUCAGGAAGUUAAGGAAGACCAUAGGUCUUCCAGUGAAAAGGAUUUAACAAUCUGCUUUAAGUGUGGAAAGUCAGGUCACAUGAGGUCCAUAUGUCCUCUGAAUCUAAAGAAGUAAGAGAAGGCAAUGGCAGCUUCCUGGAGCGAUUACAGCUCUAAGGAGGAUGCAGAAACAAGGAAUCUUGCCUACAUGGCAUUUGCGACCAAAGAUGACAGUGAAUCAACUUCACAGAUAAGCAGUGAUCACAUACUUCCCACAAGUUAUCAGGUAAUCUCCGACUCAGAGUCUGAAAAGUGUGAAUAUCCAGAAACAAAAUCUGAUUUCUUGCAUGCCUUAAAAAAUCUUCAAGAAGAGUGUAAUAGACUCAGAAGUAGGUACUGCUUACUAAUGACUGAAAAUCAUGCCAUGACCAAGGAACUAAGCAUCUUAAAGAGAACUAUAUCAGUUCAGCAUGAAAGUGAAAAUAAACUUAAGAAACAAAUCUUUGAGUUGAUUGAUGAGAAUCAUAAGUUGAAGCAAGAGAUCUAUAACAAGUAUCCAAUCAAGUUUAGGAACCCUGUUUCAAAGAACAGAAUAUCCCCACAUAGAAAAGUCUUCGAAUCUCCUGACAACAGUAAGGUGAAGAAUCAUAAGAAAGAUAGAAACUAUGUGUGUUCUUAUUGUAAUCGCAAAGGCCAUUUAGCAAAAUUCUGUUAUGAUUUACAAAAGCCAAGAAAACCUGUUGUGUUCAAGACAUUUUGGGUACCAAAAUGUACUAACCUAUGACUGAUUGCAGAAAUCGGGAGAAAAGAAAAACAUUUGGUAUUUGGACAGUGGGUGCUCCCACUACAUGACAUGUAGAAAAGAGUUAUUUUCUUCAUUAAGUUACAGAAAGGGAGGUAAAGUUGUGUUUGGAGAUGAUAGAGUAGGCAGAAUUUUAGGAAAUGGGACUAUUGGUAAGGGUCCUCUUCCUGUUAUCAAAGAUGUUCUGCUUAUUGAAGGUUUGAAGCAUAACCUUCUAUCAAUUAGUCAACUCUGCUCUUCUGAAAACAGAGUCAUUUUCAAAGCAUCUUCAUGUCAAUUUCUAGAAUUUGUGAUAACAAAUUAUUAUUCAGUGGCAUAAAGAAAAACAAUAUGUAUGUGGUUAAUUCAAAUAAUUUGGAAACUUUUAAUGAAACAUGUUUCCAUGUUGUUUCUAGUGAAAUAGAAUUGCUUUGGCAUAGAAAGCUUGGGCAUGUAUGUAUGUCUAAGCUGUCUAAAUUGUCAAAAUUAGAGUCUGCACGAGGCAUUCCUAUAUUAAAAGAUAAGCCUAAUUUUUUCUGUGAUGCUUGUGCAAGUGGUAAAUUAACCAAGAAAAGUUUUAAGUUGAAAAGGGAUAUAACUACCACUCAGGUAUAUGAACUAAUACACAAGGAUCUGUUCGGACCAACAAAUGUGGUAAGUCUCGGAGGUAAAUCUUAUUCUCUAGUUCUUGUUGAUAAUUUUUUUUUUUUUGUAGGGUUUACCUUUUUGCUUCAAAAGAUGAAGCAUUUGCAAUGUUUAAAAUGUUUGUAUCAAAGGUAUUAAAUGAGUCAGAAUUUGGAAUCAAGUCAAUAAGAAGUGAUAAUGGAGGUGAGUUCAUAUCAGAACAGUUUAGUGCCUUAUGCAAUGAUAAGGGUAUAAAUCAUACUUUUUCUGCACCUAGAACACCACAACAGAAUGGUGUCGUAGAACGAAAAAAUAGAAUUAUAAUAGAGACAGCUAGGACCAUGUUAUUAGAAUAUGGAACUCCUAAGUUUCUAUGGGGAGAAGCUGUCAUGACAGCUGUCUAUAUAAUAAAUCGAGUGCUGAUAAGAAAGGGUUUGGAGAAGACACCAUAUGAACUGCUAAAACAUAAAACACCUAACCUUAGUUAUUUCCAUCCGUUUGGAUGUAAGUGCUGCAUACUAAAUACCAAAGAUCAUCUGUAUAAGUUUGAUGCUAAAGCUGGGAGAGCAAUUUUUCUUGGAUAUUCCAUAAAGGGACAAGCCUAUAGGGUAUAUAAUCUAAGAACAAGAAGAGUGGAAGAGUCUGUUUUUGUAAAAUUUGAUGAAUCUGCCUGCUCUGAAAAAGUGAAUGCAGAAAACAUAGAUUUCCUACUUCCUUUGCCUAGUGAGAAAGAAAAGAAGUCAGAAGAUGAUGGAGCUAGUGUAAAGGAAGAUGAAGAUACUCCAGAUAAGGAAACCAUUCAACCAGAAGAAAGAAUGGCGCAUGCUCAUAUACAGAAACGGCAUCCAGCAUCCCAAAUUAUCGAGAAUCUGAACGAAGGGAUACACACUCGAGGUAAGUAUUGUCCAGGUCAGUAUGCUUUCGUUUCCCUUCUAGAACCAAAGAACUAUAAGGAAGCUUUAACUGAUGAUGAGUGGUUGCGUGCAAUGCAAGAUGAACUUGUGCAAUUUGCUAGACUGCAUGUUUGAGAACUAGUACCUAGACCCUUUAACAAGUUAAUCAUAGGAACAAAGUGGGUGUUCAGAAACAAAACAAAUGAGCUUGGAGAAAUAACAAAGAACAAGGCUAGAUUAGUUGUACAAGGAUAUCUACAAGAAGAGGGAAUAGAUUUUGAAGAUUCAU